AUGGGUCAAAAGGACAGCCCAGAGUUCAAGAAGCUUGGCAUGAUCGGCGUGGGGAGCAUGGGCGGCAUGAUGUCUUUGUUAUACGCCGAGCAUGGUGUCGAGGUUCAUUACUACGAUCCAAGUCAGGAAAAUGUCAAACAACUUCAAGAGCACGCCGAAUCCAUCCAUGCUAGCAACCGAAUUGUGCACCAGAAAGACUAUAAAGAGCUCUGUGAAAGCAUUUCUUCCCCAGACUCACCCAAACUUUUCGUCUUCAGUAUACCUCACGGUUCUGUCGGGGAUAAGACGGUUAAAAGUCUACAUCCCUAUCUAAAGCCAGGUGACAUUAUACUCGACUGCUCAAACGAAGACUGGCGAAAUACAGAGCGACGACAGAAGGCCCUCGACCCUGACGGUAUCCACUAUAUUGGCUGUGGUGUCAGCGGCGGGUACCAAAGCGCGAGACACGGACCCUCUAUGUCGCCCGGAGGCGAUGCAGAGACCCUGAAGAAGAUCAUACCGUUCCUAGAGCGUGUCGCCGCGAAAGACAAGCAGGGUCGCCCAUGCACAGCAUGCAUCGGGCCAGCUGGUAGCGGGCACUACGUGAAGAUGGUCCACAAUGGCAUUGAACAAGGCAUGAUGUCCGCCAUCGCCGAGGUCUGGUUCAUCAUGAACAGAUGUUUGAAGAUGUCAUACAAAAAGAUUGCCGACACGUUCGAGUCGUGGAAUGAAAGCGACCCGCUCAGAGACAACUUUCUGGUCGCAAUCGGCGCCGACAUCAACCGCACCAGGGACGGAGAAGGGAACUUCGUGCUCGCUAAUGUCCUGGACAAGGUCGUCCAAGACGUGGACAACUCUGAAGGCACAGGCGUCUGGACCUGCGAGGAGACGGUCCGUCUACAUGUCCCCUCUCCCACCAUCGUCAGCGCACACCUGUUCCGGCUUGCAUCCGCAGACGCGGCCAAGCGGCAGCGAGUCAACAAGGCGUUCGCAGGCGGCGCAGCACAACCGGCGACCAUCAAGCUGGAGGUACCGCACGAAAAAGCCCUCCCGUCGUUCAUCGAGGACUUGAAGCUCUCGCUCUACGCCGCUUUCCUGUGCGCGUUCAUACAGGGGCUUGGCAUCAUCAAAACCAAAGACCGAGAGCAGAGCUGGAAUCUGGAUUACCGGGCCAUCCUGCAGAUUUGGCGAGGCGGCUGCAUCAUUCAGAGCGACUACAUCUCGGACCUGCUCGAUCGGGUCUUGUCCAACAACGAUGUCGUCGAUGACCUUCUCUCGCAAGACGCCGUCGCGGCCGAGCUGGGAAAAUGCGUCGCCUCGCUCAAGAACGUGGUCCUGAAGUCCCUCGCGGCCGACGCGUACAUCCCAUCUCUGUCCGCCACGCUCGAAUACAUUAAGUACUCGGGCGCGACGGAGCUGCCCACGCAGUUCAUGGAGGCCGAGCUCGACUACUUCGGUGCGCACAGCUUCGACCUGAAGUCCGAGGGGCCCGGAAAACCGCUCAAGGGAUCCCACCACUAUGAGUGGAAGCCGCCCCGGGGCAUCUUUGGCGACAAGCUGGACGGGUCGAAAUGA